CAUUGGCGUCGGUGGCCGCGGUGGGGUCGGCGCCGUUGCCGGGAGACGGGACGCUGGCGACGGACUGACCCGAACUGCCGGCGAUGGACGCCCGCCUCAGCCUGGAGCAGCUGUUUGCGGCCAUACCAGCGCAGUGGGUAUGGAAGGAUGAUGCCAAUAAACUGGAGUUGGUCAGCUUGCAGCCAACACCAGAUGGCAAAGACAAAAAGGCGCUGGCCAGAGUGCGAGCCAUCCUGGACCCCAUCCAUGAAGCUCUGGAGAAAUCGAAGUACGGAGUUUCCAGGCGGGCUUACGUGAGCAUGGCCAAAGUGGUUGCGCAGCCCCUGUCCAACCUACAGGACCAGCAGAAGCAAGAAGAACAUCUGUGCCGCUGUGUCACCCUCAACGACAUCAAAUAUGCUGCUCUCCUCUUGCUGGGCGAGAAAGAUCCCGUCGGCACCCGGAAACGAUUUCGGCCGAUGUUGAGGAAGCAACAGCUGGAUGACUUCCUCAUGGCUCUGAUCAGAUACUUCUCCAUCUUGCUCCCCAACGUGGGAUCCGAAUCCAAGGCGGCAGAUUUUGUGACAAACGUGGAGAAGGUGGAGAAAGAUGUGUGCCAGUGCAAGAUCGCACAGAAGCAGCUGGCUCACACCUACGCCACUCUGCUGCUGGGUCUGGGAAUGAUGGAGCUACACCACAUGGCCUGUGGCAAGUCGCUGGGUUCAGCCACUCGUAAGGACCGGCUGCUGUUUGAGUGCCUGUACGCCUACAGUGUGCACGUGGUCUGGGUCACCUACGGAAGGAAGAACCUGGAGGUGAUCCGGGCCGAGGUGGGACGUCUCCUGCGAUCCGAAGCCUUCAACCCUGCCCAGUACAUGAAGGAGAAGGACCAGGGUGGGCAGAAGCCUCAGAGCGAGCACAGGAGACAGCAGGCCAAGCGUCCAGCCAUCAGCUCCAUCGUGCACCAGCGAUCACCGGUGCUGAUGACCGAGCUGCAGACGGCCAGGGACAAGUCUGACUACCUCUUCAGGCAGCACGGUGUGAAGCUGGACCUGGGCGCCCCUCAACAGCGAGAGAAGGCCUUUGGCCUGCAAGCACAACCCAACAAACCCCCUCCGUUGGGCAUCCUGGGGGAGCCGCUCAGCAAGUUCCUGCAGGACACGCUGAUCCCGUUCGAGGUCCACGCGGAGGGGAGCGCCGGGGAGGGGGCGGAGACGGACACGGAGGAGGGGGACGGGGGAGGGCAAGAUGAGGAGCUGAAGAGCGUGCUUUCCCUGGAGGCAACAGCGCGACAGGGGAGUGUCUCCACCCAUGCCGUGACCAUGUCUCGCACCACCACCGGCGGCACCGACUCACGCCACAGCCUUCUCCGCUAGCCCAGAGCUGGGCAUCGCCAACCAUCUACAACCCCCUCCCCUCCCCAACAUCCUGUCCGUUCAAGACCACCUCCAACCCCCUCUCCUCUCCUGCUCUUCUCUUCUCCUCUCCUCCCUUCUCCUCUC